GAUUACGUGUCUUGAUCCUCGCCCGACGACUCGCCCAACCAGGAAGGAAGGGGCAAGGAAGCACAUCGGGUGUAUGUGAGAGGGUGAAGCCUCGAACAUUUGCCCUGGGCUGUCGUGGUCUUGUUCUGCUCAUUGACAGUCGAGAGUUUUAGAGAAGUGACGCGAAGGAAAGGACCUCCAGCGUUGCUCUUCAUGGCAGCCAGCACACCACUUCCAUGUGAGGGUGAAGCCUCGAACAUUUGCCCUGGGCUGUGGUGGUCUUGUUCUGCUCAUUGACAGUCGAGAGUUUUAGAGAAGUGACGCGAAGGAAAGGACCUCCAGCGUUGCUCUUCAUGGCAGCCAGCACACCACUUCCAUGUGAGGGUGAGCUCGAGCCCCAUCGGAGCUAAUAUAUAUCAAAUAUUUGAGUUUCCAUAUUCACCGGCAGAGCUGUAAUCUUGUACACUCAGUUUGGUCACUAGUGCACAUCGAACACCUCUCUACUCUCUCAGUUCGAAUUCGCAAAAGAGUGCAAGAAGUCUUAAGUUUUCUUUGGGUGAGCUGGUCCUGCGGAUCGAGGAGGGGGCCUCCUGUAGUCCCGGUCACGUUUCGCUCACGCAUGUAAAGCAGCAAACGGUUCUUCCUCUGUGAGAGAGAGAGUGGAGGAGAGAAUGGAAAGUGCAGGUGCGUCCAUCGUCAGGGAUCCUGCUGAACUUGCGACAGGGGGGAUGGACUCCGCAGACGAGGAACUGAAGCUUCCUUCCGCUGUUCAGGACCUUAUACGGAAGCUGGAUAACAAAACCGAGCCUUUACGGUGGCUUCCCACAUUAACCUAUCCACAAUUUCAGGAUUUUUUUCCGCAGCGUGCAUUGCUUUCGACUAUCACAGGGUGGCAAAGCCAAGUUCGCCUUCGAGUGCUGGAGGCAAUCGGCAGCUGCAACACCCUUCAAUAUCUGGACGUUCAGGAUAUUUUUAGCGGAGAUAUUUCGAGGCUAACGGCUAACGAGUGGGAGGUACUUCUGAGGGGUUUUAGCUGUAGCACCCAUCUACGAGUGAUAAGAGUUGAAAGAUUGACAUGGACCUCACUUGCGGAAUUGGAGAGCUUGUGUUUACAGCUGGGGGGAAUUCUGAGAACCUCUAGUGUAACAGAUAUGAGAAUUGGCGAUUGCAGAUUGAGUGAUAGAUGUUUCUUGAAUCUCGCAUCAGGACUGGAAGGAAAUUACCAGUCUAAACUCAAGACUUUAGAACUAUGUAAUGCAUGGAAGGACUCGAGUGCGAUGAAGCAUAUGGCUGACAUGAUCAAGAGUGCUACUCGAUUAGAAACUUUGGAAAUAGGGGGUUCAUGGGAGCGCAUGUACGACAUGGAUGAGGAGGCCGCUAGAAUCCUGUCGCAGGCUUUAAUCCAGAGCUCAUCCUUGAGAAAAUUGGUUCUAAGGGAGGUGAAGGGCGCAGCGUCGGCCUUCUUGCUGAAGGCCUUCAGCAAGAAGGCAUUGGAUGGAGAUGGCGGCAAUCAAGCUAUUCAAUGUCUUCAUCUAAUUUCUGUGUUUGGACUCGGAGACUCUUUACGAGAACUUCUGAGCUCCAACCCAUACUUGGAGGAAGUGGUGUUGGCAGCCAUCGACAUGCAUCCCGAAGAAUGGAGCCGACUGGGCCAAGCCAUACGCGAGAAUGCUACAGCAAAAUCUAUUCGCGUAACCCAUUUCAUGCGUCAGAAAGAUGACUUGAAGGGAGUAGAAGAGCUUGUGUGUGCUGCUAGCUCAGAUGAUAAGGACCCCAAAGUGGAGCUGAAUAUCACAUUUUACGAUUACGAUGCAUUGAUCUCAGCACUCAACUUUGUGGGUGAGGUAUUGCGCGGAGAAAUCAGGUCUCUAGAAUCUUUGAUUCUAUAUUUCAAUUGUUCUUGCCCUCCAGGCAGCAACGAAAAUAGAAUGCCAAGUAUCGUCCCAAUGGAUGAAAAUCUUAGAGACACUACAGUCCUGAAGAGACUGAAAUUAUUUAUUCAAAGGAAAGAUACUUUGAAGGGAGUAUGGAAGUACCUGCUUGUGUGCUUGCGAAAUAACACAAGUCUCACUCAAUUGGAUUUGUCUGACUCUGAACUCGAUGACGAGGCGUUCAGAGACCUGAUGGGGCUACUUCAAAAGAACUUGACUCUCCGGGCGAUAGAAGUCUCAGGAACCUCAUGGCAAACGGACGGAAAGGCGGCGCUGAUUCAACAGGCCCUCGAGCAGAACCGGAAGCGGGCAGAAUACAUGGCCGUGUUCCCCAAGCGACCUUACAUUUCGGAUGAUGUUAACAUAUUCUAUAGGAUGAGUGCACUUAUGCAUGUCGGGAGAACCUUUAGAUUACACUUGAUGUGUGAGUCGGCGACUAGGGUUCACAUAGUUGAAGAUCAAGAAGGUUUGAAGAUAUGCGUGGAUCUGAAUAAUCACGCGAGGAUUAGCAAUAGUGAUCGUAGGGCAGUUGUACAAACUGGGCAAAGCGAGGAGCUGACACAAGCAUGGUUGAGGAUUCGGAAAAUUCUUGGGGAUAUUAACUAUGCGAAAAUCUUCAAGUUGUAUCAGGUGAAAUACGAGGGAGUAGAAUCAGGUGGCCAUGCAUGGGUGUGCGAGGAGUGCAUGAAAGAAGGUAUUAGAACUCGGAUUUUGUCGGGAAAUUGGAGAUGUUAGAAUGUCAUGAUGCAAAUAACAAGCAUAUGUUUAGACACUCAUGCAAUAUGAUCCUCUGCAAAAUCUUCCUUCAGAGUUUUCACU